AUGGCUCGUAAUAACCAAUAUCACGAUAAACCAUAUAAACAACAAGGUGGUGGUGAUUAUUCUACAUUCACACGGAAGGCUCAGCGAGGAGGAGCACAAACAAGCUAUGGUUUAAUUAUCCUAGGCAACAGUGGUACCGGAAAAAGUUUUCUUGCUAAUCUGUUUAUGAACAAGGACAGUUUUGUACACAAACCUUCACCAAAUGCUGUUACAAAAGAAACGGAAUUCGUUGAAUUCGUAUUUGAAGGAGCAACAUAUUUGAUCUUCAAUAUUCCUGGUUUAGUCGAAUCAAGUCAAGAACAAAUUGAUGUGAAUAAACGUGAAAUUGAUGCGGCCUUCGGAAAAUGUCCAAAUGCAAUUGUUUGCUACGUUUUCGGUAAUCAGAAUGGUCGUAUUCGCAAUGAAGAUAUUAUUGCCUUUGAUGCACUGAAUGAUGCCUACCCAUUUGCAGCUAAAUCACUGGUCUUUGUUGUCAACGGCAUUCCAUCUGAUCGUGAUCAAAAUUAUGAAGGUGAAGUGAUUACAUUAUUGCGAAAAGAACUGAAAAUGAAAACCUUUGAAAACAUCACCUUUUUGGAAACAAUCGAUAAAAGCUCGUCAGCAGCAAAAUCACAGCUACGUAACAAAUUACUACAAGCUGUUGUAACAUCAACGCCAAAAGUUCAUCAUAAAGAACACGACAUUGAAUUAGAUUUGGAUAAAAUUAAACAUUUAACGAAGCAUCUAAAGGAAAUGCAGACACAAUUUGAUAAGGAACGAAGUCAAUUGCAAGCCCAAUUCGAACAAGCACAAAAGCAGCACAAACUUGAUAUGCGGGCAC